AUGAAUAAAACCUUUCAAUAAAAUUUCUUAGCAAAUCAAGUGGCUAUCGUAACAGGUGGUGCUACAGGAAUUUGUUAUGGAAUAAGUUUAGCAUAUUUAAAAUAUGGAUGCAAAGUUCUUAUCACUAGUAGAAAAGAGGAAGUCUUAAAAUAAUCAUGCAUUACAUUAGCAUAGGAAUCAGGCAAUAAUAAUAUUGCAUAUUUUCCUUGUGAUGUGAGAAAAUUUGAAUAAGUGGAAGCAAUGGUUUAAUUUGCAUUAGAAAAAUGGGGAAGAAUAGAUAUUUUAGUCAAUGGUGCAGCUGGAAAUUUUUUAGUUCCUUUCGAAAUGAUGAGUGUAAAUGCUUUUAGAUCUGUAAUGGAAAUAGACACAUUUGGUACAUUCCAUGUAAUUCUUAUAUAUAUUUAUAUAGUGUUGUAAAGCAGUUGUUGCUAAAUGGAUGUCAAAAAAUGGAGGUGUUAUUAUUAAUAUUAGUACUACUCUUCCACAUUGUGGAGUAGCACUUCAAUCACAUGCUGGAACAGCCAAAGCAGGAAUAGAUGCUCUUACUAGACAUCUAGCUGUAGAAUUAGGACCUAAGAAAAUUAGAGUUGUAGGUAUUGCACCAGGAGCUAUAGAGAAAUCUGAAGGUUUUAAAAGAUUAAGAAUGGAUGAUAGUGUAAUAAAUAUUAUUAGUAUAGUCUGGUUUUGGAGAAGAUUUUGAAAAACUAUUACCAUUAUAGAGAGCAGGUACAAAUGAUGACAUAGCACCUUGGGCUCUGUUUUUGGCUUCUGAAUGUGCAAGUUAUAUAACUGGUUAAACAAUUAUUGUUGAUGGAGGAGCAGUUAAUACAUUUCCUAAUUUUACUCUUUUAAGUAAAAAAGCAAGAGAUAUGUUAUAACCAAAAUUAUGA